UAGAGCAAACGGGGGGCAGAGAAAGCAGAGAAGGCUGGAUGGGGGAGGGAGAAAAGAAGGAGGUGAUUUUUUGGGGAGUUAGGAAGAAUGUAUAAAAGGAGAGAGAGGGGGAGAGAGUGAAUGAACAGGAAGAGGGAGAAGAAACAUUGGAGGCAAGAUUUCGAAAGCUAUAAAGGACGAUCGAAAAAUCAGGCCGGUGAUUUAUUGUGGGAUUGGGUCCGUUUUUUAUGCUAUGUCCGCCAAUAAGGAUUGUCCACCUCCGCUCAUAAUCCUCUUACUGGCCCUUCUUAAUGGCUCCUCCUCCUUUGCCGUACCUUCUGACGUCUCAGGGACCAACCACACAGCCACCCUGCCUCUGAGGCCACGCGGACACAUGUACAACCAGUUGGAGUUCAGCGAUUACUACGAUGAGUUUACUGAUCCACCCAGUCAACCCCCGCCUGCCCCCUCACAGGCCACCAAUCCUCAGCCCUGUGACUAUGACCCCUGUCGGGAGCUACAGCCUCCCUGUGCCCAGCUGGCAGCCUCCAGCGGCUGCCUGUGUCCAGGGGUGAGUGGGCCCCAUGUGGCCCCAGAGGCUCCCUACCUGAAGAGACUGUCUAUGGAGGAUGCAGCAGUGGUGGUUCAGUGGUGUGCACCAUUGUCUUUCGUGACCCAUUACGAGGUGGUGGUGGGUGCGCUAGAGCCCUUGGUGUUUGGUGAAGACCAGAGAAGUGGUACUGUUAAGGAGGUGGGGCAGGGGGCAGAGGUGUGUGUGGUGGCGGUGAAUAAUGCAGGAGUCAGCAAGCGUCAGAGGGGGUCCUGUACGAUGUACGAGCCCCCUGGGGACAGCAGUGUGGCCCUCAAAGCAGGGCUGAUUGGAGGGGCCCUGGGGCUCCUGCUGCUCCUCUCACUGGCUUUCCUGCUCUGGAGGCACAGGGCUAGGAGAAAAGCAGAUGCCAGGAUCACCCAGGCCACAGAUGAAACACUAUGAGAGGACUGGGGGGAGGCUAUGGUAGAGGCUGACUCAGGGGUGGCUAUCCAGAGCCCUUAUCCACAAAGCAUCUCAGAAUAGAAAAUUGGUCGUAAGUGCUGAGAAUAGAGACAUUUCAUUCCUACACUUAUAGGUAAAAAUAAAAACUAUGCAUGAAGGCUGUUUAGUCAUAAGUGUCACACCAAGUUGACAGAUAUUUAGGACAUCUCAUGAGCUGUCCUAACCAGUUAAUAGUUACAAGCAGAUGUCUUGAUAAUAGAAAAAUGCAGCGAGUCAGUGGUUCCUGUGCCACAUGCAAUUACUUUGGAGUUGUUAAAAUAAUGUUUUGAUAUUUCUAUAUGAUCAAAACAUAAAUAAUCUAGACCUACAUGCAACAGUAUCUGUUGCGCUUUUGACAAUGAUUUCACGAGGCCUAUUUCACAAAUACUUAGGCUAAUAAAUAAACACGUUUUUAUUUCGAUUAUUUAAUUACCUACAUCGUGUUAUUUCAAGUUAUCCAUUUGGAGAGCAACAUCACCUUGUUCUACUAAGCUAACAUACGGAAUUGUUUUAAGAUGGUCGUACCAUGGAUCAUUUAUUUGA